AUGCCAAAGGAAAAAUAUGAUCCUCCCGAUCCUCGCCGAAUUUACACCAUCAUGUCAGCAGAAGAGGUAGCCAAUGGAAAGAAGUCUCACUGGGCUGAAUUAGAGAUCUCGGGUAGAGUGCGGAGCUUAAGUACGUCGCUUUGGUCACUGACGCACUUGACUGCUCUACACCUCAAUGACAAUAAUCUUACUCGCAUUCCACCUGAUAUUGCCAAGCUUCAUAAUCUGGUGUAUCUGGACCUGUCAUCCAACAAACUCAGAAGUUUACCAGCAGAACUAGGAAACAUGGUGUCUCUCAGGGAAUUGCUUUUAAAUAACAAUCUAUUACGGGUUUUGCCUUAUGAACUUGGACGGCUCUUCCAGCUACAAACCCUGGGUUUAAAAGGCAAUCCUUUAUCACAAGAUAUUCUCAGCCUCUACCAAGAUCCAGAUGGAACUCGAAAGCUACUGAACUACAUGCUUGACAAUCUAGCAGUUCAUCCAGAGCAGCUGCCUCCAAGGCCAUGGAUUACUUUGAAAGAACGAGACCAAAUUCUGCCCUCAGCCUCAUUCACAGUUAUGUGUUACAAUGUGUUGUGUGAUAAAUACGCCACCCGGCAGCUCUAUGGCUACUGCCCAUCUUGGGCGCUGAACUGGGAGUACAGAAAAAAGGGAAUCAUGGAAGAAAUCGUCAACUGCGAUGCAGAUAUCAUUAGUCUACAGGAAGUGGAAACAGAGCAAUACUUCACUCUUUUUCUGCCAGCCUUGAAAGAACGAGGAUACGAUGGAUUCUUUUCUCCAAAGUCACGUGCCAAAAUCAUGUCUGAGCAGGAGAAGAAGCAUGUGGAUGGCUGUGCAAUAUUCUUCAAAACUGAAAAAUUUUCACUGGUGCAGAAGCAUACAGUGGAGUUCAACCAGGUGGCAAUGGCAAACUCUGAAGGUUCAGAAGCUAUGUUAAAUAGAGUGAUGACGAAAGACAACAUCGGUGUUGCUGUGGUGUUGGAAGUGCACAAAGAAUUAUUUGGAGCAAGUAUUAAAUCUCUUCAUGUGGACAAACAGCUGCUCAUUGUGGCCAAUGCCCACAUGCACUGGGACCCCGAAUACUCAGAUGUGAAACUCAUUCAGACUAUGAUGUUUGUCUCAGAACUGAAAAAUAUCCUUGAGAAAGCCUCAAGCAGGCCUGGUAGCCCAACGGCAGAUCCUAAUUCUAUUCCCCUGGUGCUUUGUGCGGAUCUUAACUCAUUGCCUGAUUCAGGUGUAGUGGAAUACUUAAGCAACGGCAUAGUAGCUGAUAACCACAAGGACUUCAAGGAAUUGCGUUACAAUGAGUGUCUGAUGAACUUCAGCGGCAGUGGAAAGAACGGGGCUUCUGAAGGAAGAAUUACGCACGGCUUCCAACUCAAGAGCGCCUAUGAAAACAACUUGAUGCCUUACACCAAUUACACUUUUGAUUUCAAAGGUGUGAUUGACUACAUUUUCUAUUCCAACACUCACAUGGACGUGCUUGGUGUCCUGGGGCCUUUGGACCCUCAGUGGCUGGUUGAGAACAACAUCACUGGGUGUCCACACCCUCACAUCCCUUCAGACCACUUCUCACUGUUAACACAACUCGAACUCCAUCCUCCGCUCCUGCCUCUUGUCAACGGUGUGCACUUGCCUAACAGGAGGUAGUGGAGCCCUGCCCCUUUGAGGGCAAGGACCUGUUGUUAUGGACCUGUACAGUUGUAAAUCAAAGUAUAUAGGAGUGAAGUAUGGCCAACCUUAAGCUGCUUCUUCAAGCUCCUUUCCUUAUGUGUUUGAUAUGAGAUUUUGCACAUUUUGGUGCAUACUGGUAUCAUUUGGCACUAGGGCUGGAACCAAAGUAUUAUUCCCUUUCCAGGUUUUUAAUUUAAUUUUUUUUUUUUUUAAACUGGCAAGCUUUUUCUUUUCAGUAGGAAGCUGCACUUAGAAAUGGACAAAUGAGAUUAAAAACUUACAUAUUAACAUAUUUAAAGGUAAUGCUUUCUUUAUUUCUUUUUCCAGACAUGGUAAAACAAGCCAACCUUUUAGGAGAAAAACCUUUUAGAAAUAAAAACAAGGAUAGAAGUGAUUGCUUUGUAGGAAGAACAUUAGAAAUUCUGUUUGAACCCAAAGUGAAGACUGAGCUCUGUGUCCAAAAUAAGUUUUGCACAUUAGGAAAGCACUUAAUGCCUGACUAUAAAUUAUUAGCAGCGUGGCCCUGCCCAUUAUCUACCACUAGAAAACCAAAGAUGGCUUCAUAUCGGUGAAAAAAAACUUGAGGUCUAAAUUCUUCUGAUGCAAUUUCGUAUUAGCAGAAAGAUUCCAAUGAACCUGUGUCUCACAGGAAUCCAUGCGAGAGCAUUUCAUGCCAUGACGGAGUGCUUGCUUGGCAGACAUGACAGUAACCCUGUUUUGGAGCUCUGAAGAGCCCGAUUCUUUCUGGGUAAGGUGUUCAGAAUCCAAACAGUCUCUGUGAGACAGAGCUGUGUCUGCUUUGGCAAGCCAGCAGAAUAGUUUGGAAGCAGGAUUUGGAAAGGAUUUGCACUUAAAGCCAGCCAUUGCAAGCCUUUGAGAAUGGAGAGGUUCCAGAUCUGCUCUAGGUUCCCUUUUCCAAAGGUCAUUUGCAAAGAUGAGAGGCAUUGGGUGAACUGGUUAAGCUUAGGGUACAGGAAUAAGCUGCUGGAAAUGAUGGCACUUCUGUCUCCAUAGCACGUGUGAAGCAGCCUUUCCAUGGGGGGAAGAGAGUGGUAGCCGUUAUCAUUCCCUGCAUUAUAUUUCCUGACCCUAGUUGCCAAAUAGCCAUCAGACAUUUUGAGUAAUCUUUCUUUUCUGUUGUUGGCGGGGGUUGAAUUAAAAAGCUUCUGGUUCAUUCCCAGCUGUUAAUGCUCUUGAGAUGUGUUGGAAAUCCUUUUUUCUUCUUUCCUUUGAUGCUCUUGGUGGCCAGUUCAAAACCUCGUGCCUCAAGGGGCAUUAAACCUAAUGUCAUUUUCUGUAAGAUAAUUGGUCGGCUGCUUAAUGUUCAAAGAAAAAUGGCACAGGAAUAGGAAAAGGUUGUGUCUGUGUUUUUAAGUUUUUCUUUAUUCUGCUUUUUUGCUGCUAUAAGAUUUUCUUGAAUUUAUAUUUUAAACUUUUCAUGCACUUUACUGUUUCUAGUCUCAAAAUGUGAUAUUUUUAAUAAAUGAGAAAUUUUUCCAUUAUCUGAAUGCAAUUUUUAAACAGAUUGAUAGCCUAUAUUUAUGUCUCAUUCGUAUACUUAAAAGUCAAAUUUAAAUCGUUCAGUAAUUAGUUUAAAUGCUAAGGAGCCAUCUUCUGUCUCUCAGAACUGACAAGUCAGGCUGUUCCUCUGCUCUUUGAUACUCCGUUUCCUUUGUUGUUUUGUACGUAGGAAAUUAUCCAUAGGAAAAAUCAAUUGGGCCCAGAGUAGAAGUAUUCUAUUCCCUGACUUCUGCUGAGGGGGACGGGAGAGGAGUGGGACAGAAUGCAAAGAUGAGUUCAGUGAAAUGACAGCUCCCUUUAAAAGAAGUGCCUAAAACUGGAGACGUCAUCUAUUGCCCGAUACAAAUUGGAAAUGACUGUAGCUGGGUGAAAUUAAUGGAUGUAAAUUGCUUCGUGCAGCACCAAAAAAAAAGCCCUUUCUAAAAGAAGAAUUUUCCUCUAGGUGCAGGUAUCUCCUUUGUAAUAUACCUCAGCGUUCAACACCUGGCCACGCGGAUAAAUUGAGACGGCAAUUGAGUAUAGUACUGGAAAGUAGAAUAGCAUGAAAAACUUAAUUUUGUGGACAUUACCUUUCUGUAAUCAACUACUGUAUCUCUCCUGGAGGGGUUUCUCUGCUCUGGAGGUGUGCACUAACAACCAUUCUCCUCCUGUCCUUCACGCAUGUUUUACUGGCAACGUGAGCAAUAGUUCCACCAUACUUCACUCCCAAUAUUUUUUGAGAUGUUUGUAUAAAAUGGAAUUUAAAGUUCACCUAUGAUUGUAUAUGAACUGCAGAGGAGCCCGUUUAUUAAUAAAAAGAAAAAACGGCAACAAUCUUUUGUAAUAUCAGGGUGGGAGAGGGUGGGGGUGAUACAAAAGCACCUGGUAAACAUUGUAAACCGCUACGUUGUACUUCCUUUGGGUUUAUAAGUGACUGAAACGUUCUGUUGCAGGAAGGUGUUCAAUUGGAUUUUCUCUGCUUCAAAAUGCACUUCAGAACGUCCAUUACGCUGUGUGAUUUUUAAAACGCUGUUUAAACAGAUAUUGCACAAAACCUCUGGAUUUUAAAAUAUCUCUUCAGAACUCUGUUUUUGUUUCAGUCGAUGCACAUAACCAGGGGCAUGUUUACCCGCCUCGCACAUCUCUGACUCCCUCCCUCUUUUCCCCUGGUUUCUCUCCCUUUCCUACAAAAGGAGCAGUAAGGGGUUGUGCUUUUUUCCAGCCGAGCAGAACUGCUGCUCUUCAUAGAGCUCUGCCCUGAGACGAGAAGGAGCGCGGAGCCAUCAGCCGCCAGCCUCGUGCGUGGGAUGAGAUCUGUUUUGUGCUCAUCUGCAGCACCCAGAUGGUGACACUCAUUUUCUUUUGACCCAGAUGGAGGCUAACAGGGCCUUGCAGGGUAUGUUAUGUUACUGGGGAGAGGGAGGGAAGUAAUAGAGGGCAAAAUAUCCUUAAGUGUAAUCACAUUAAUGGGGAACAAGUAGUUCUCUCCAUCGCCAACCCUUGUUUCCCAUGCUUAGACACUGUGCACAUUGCAGUGCCCACACCACUCGUGCUUAGGAAAAAGCCCUCAGCCCCUUCCUGCUCCUUGCUUUCUUGGUUGGGUUUCAAUGAUAUCGUGCCUGAUGUCAACUUCUAAGCAGCAGCACUGCCUAAAGCAAGCAGAGAAAAAAAAUCCAGCACCAUUCUACAAGCAACUUUUUAAAAUUCAACAUGGUAAAUCUGUUAGAUAUGGGGUUUUGUGUGUAUAUAUAUAUACAUAUAUAUAUAUAAAAGAGAAUUUUGUACAUUG